CAGCUCCGGGUCCCGGGUCGCGGCUGGGCGGCGCGGUCCCUCGCGCCCUGCCGCCAGGCCGUCAUGCAAGGCCCGGGAGGGAACGUGAGCCGCGGACUGCCUGGCGGGCCGGCCUCCACGGUCGCGUCCGGGGCGGGCCGCUGUGAAAGCGGCGCGCUCAUGCACAGUUUCGGCAUCUUCCUGCAGGGGCUGCUCGGCGUCGUGGCCUUCAGCACAUUGAUGCUUAAACGCUUCAGAGAACCAAAGCAUGAAAGACGACCAUGGAGGAUAUGGUUUUUAGAUACUUCCAAACAAGCCAUAGGGAUGCUGUUCAUCCACUUUGCCAAUGUGUACCUAGCAGAUCUCACUGAAGAGGACCCUUGUUCACUGUACCUCAUCAACUUUCUUCUGGACGCCACUGUAGGCAUGCUUCUCAUUUAUGUGGGCGUACGCGCUGUCAGUGUCUUGGUGGAGUGGCAGCAGUGGGAAUCCCUGCGGUUUGGAGAAUAUGGAGACCCUCUGCAGUGUGGGGCCUGGGUGGGGCAGUGUGCCCUUUACAUCGUGAUCAUGAUCUUUGAAAAGUCCGUGGUCUUCAUCGUCCUGCUCAUUCUCCAGUGGAAAAAGGUGGCCCUAUUGAAUCCAAUUGAAAACCCAGACCUGAAGCUGGCCAUCGUCAUGCUGAUAGUCCCCUUCUUUGUCAAUGCUUUCAUGUUCUGGGUAGUAGACAAUUUCCUCAUGAGAAAGGGGAAGACGAAAGCCAAGCUAGAAGAAAGAGGAGCCAACCAGGACUCAAGGAAUGGGAGCAAGGUUCGAUACCGGAGGGCAGCAUCCCAUGAAGAGUCAGAGUCUGAGAUCCUGAUCUCAGCUGACGACGAAAUGGAGGAGUCUGAUGCCGAGGAGGACCUCCGUAGACUGACCCCCCUCAAACCUGUGAAGAAGAAGAAGCACCGCUUUGGGCUGCCUGUUGGCACCUCUGAAGCCCCCAUCAAGAAGAAGCGUCCCCCUGUGAAGGAAGAAGACCUGAAGGGCGCCCGAGGGAACUUGGCCAAGAACCAGGAGAUCAAGUCUAAGACAUACCAAGUCAUGCGGGACUGUGAGCAAGCUGGCUCAGCUGCCCCAUCGGUAUUCAGCCGCAACCGCACAGGCACCGAGACAGUCUUUGAGAAGCCCAAAGAGGGACCUGCCAAGAGCGUCUUUGGCUGAGAAGUGUGCACUGCACCACUCCACACACCUGGACACAGGAGC